GUAUUUCGGAACGAAGCUGCGUAAAGGAUGUUAAAUAUUUUUAUAUGUUUAAGUAACUGAUUAUAUCUGCGUUUGUUCUAUAUGUUACAAUAUACGGAAAUGAUGUGAAAAUAAAUCGUUGAAUAUAAUUGCGAUUUUACUAAAAGUAUGUAUAAUUAUGUAACAAUUGUUUGUUAUUGAACAUGUCGUGCUUGUUUAACGCCAUGUUUCGGCCUCUCGAAUUCCUUUGUGCUUGGCAUGCGGUACUGAUGUGCAUUGCAGCGACCGUGUCUAGUCCGCCAUGUACCGGAAAUCACUGUUUACCGGGACAACCGUGUAUGCCGUCAUUUCCGGAACGCCUUGCGUUUGCGCGCGAUUUACAAGGGCAAGUUGUCUACCCAUCAGAUCCGGAAUAUCGAGGUCUGAAUAUCGUAUACAAUCCUCGGACGACUGCGUAUCCAUACGCCAUAGUUUUUGUGAAAAAUGUUGAUGACGUCAUCAAAAGUGUGAACUUCGCAAACCGAUACAAGUUGCAAAUAAGUGUGAAGUCGUCUGGUCAGGAUUAUAUCGGGAGAUCUACCAAAGACGGUACGCUGCAAAUAAACCUAUCUCGUCUGCAAGGAAUUGCUUUUAAUCUAACUUCCGGUCGCAAUGAAGCGGGGGAAGUGACGGUGCAAACCGGAACCACAUGGAGAAGGGUGUUCAACGAGACAUUCAAACGCGGGCGAGUGUUACCCGGAAGUGCUGCCCAGACGGUGGCGAUCGGAGGUUACACGCUGGGCGGCGGCCAUUCUCCCGUUAGCCGAAAGUUCGGACUGGCCGUUGACAACCUGCUUGAUGUGGAGCUCGUUGCUGCAAACGGAAGUCUCGUCUAUGCAAAUGAAAACUCCACUACCAUCGUAGAUCCAGUUUCCGGUAAGAAAAUGACGUCAUCAAACACGGACAUUUUCUUUGCCGUUCGAGGAGGAGGCGGUGCGUCGUCCGGGAUCGUGACGUCGUUCACGUUUCGACUGCACCUCGACUCAGAAAUCGUGUCAGUAUACUGCAGUGCGCCUUUCUAUGACGAUAAUGGCGGUCAUAUUGGAAAGAGAGUCUUACAACUGUUUGAACGCGUUCUGACGUCACAGCUGGCAUCAGAAUGGGGAGGCUACGUCAUAUUUUCAUCAAGAGCUGCGCCAAAUACUAGCAAUUACGGGUCUAUUACAUUAGCAUUAAACCACUUUGGUCCUAAGAAUACUUCGUCUUACCGGACAAUCAAUCCAUUCCUGAGCGCGUACGGUCGAUACUGUUCGAGUCGACACAUCCCGGCGUUCUCCGACUACGUCAGCGGCAUGACGGACUCUGAAAACCGGAAGAACGUGUUCACAAUGAACACGCUGCUAGACACAAUGACGGACGAUUUCUUGGACUUUGUGUUCGGUCUGCUCCUGGACAGACACAACAUUUCCGGCGAGAUCGUAUGCACGGGAACUUUGAUAGGAGGAAAUAUGCGCAAUGUGGGAGAACACGAAACUUCCGUUAACCCGCGCAUGCGCACAAGUCAUCUGAGCUUCACGUGCGACGUGAAGUGGGACGCCGGGGAGGUGGAGCCGCAGGUUUCCCUCUGCGCAUCUCAGGCUGCGCAUCUCAUCAGGUUCGGGGUCGGCGCAUAUUACAACAAUCCCACGGAGUCCCUUCCAGACUGGCCCCUGCAAUAUUGGGGCACCAACUACGCGCGCCUGCUCGCCAUCAAGCGUCUGUGGGACCCUGGUCAUCUGCUCUCGUGCACGCAGUGCGUUGGGGAGGAGGUCACCGGGUGGACCGGGAGUAGUCCCGGUGUCAACGUUCCUAUUCUGAUCGGAUAAAACACGUCCUGUUAUUUAACUGUAUAUAUACAUGUAUGAACAAUUAAAAAAAUGAAAAUAUGUUUUCUUUAAUGAAAAAAUCCAUAUGCACGUUCAAGACUCAAUCGCCUUAGUUUGUCAAACCCACGGGCACAUGUGUUAUUUUAAAACUCUCGUGUUUGUAUUCUGUUCAUGUAUUUGCAUGUUCAUUGUUUCAUUAUUCGUGAAUAUAUAACAGCUGCAUGCAAUUACUUUGAAACACUUAACACUGCAUUCCGAUAUUGUGUUACUAGUAUAAAACGAAAAACAUUACAACUGCAUCGGGAGUAAUGUUAGAAAAUGCAUAAACUUGCACUUAUUAAUAUGCUAAAAAACGCACUAAGCUGUUCUGGACAUUAUGUAAGAAGCCAUCGCAGUUGUGCGUUGAUUCGCUGGCUGCAACAGACCGACACUGGGUGCUUCAAGCAGUCAGGCGAGACGAUGGCCACCACCGUCUUCUGGAGUCGCCUCACAUCCGGGUGUUUGCGCGAGUGCGGUGGGGUAAAGUCCCAGACGUCAUCCUCCAGGUUUGGGUCAUGAUAAAGCACCAGCAGCUUCAGACACGCGGUCUCCAGGUCGUCUCGCAGACGUUGGUACUUCCGGGCCGCCUCAACAUCGAGCUGUCGUAGCGCCGGUCCUAUGGUUACGGAUUCCAGCAGAAAGGUGGCUGGACCUUUAUCUAACAGCUCUGUCAUAACACGGCAGAGGUUCUGUCCCGUGAGAAUGUCCGUACGCCCGGCAAACAGGUUUCUCUCCGGCAUGAUGUAAUGCGGAAGACAGUUGUCUAUGACCGCGUCGCGUAACCGUCUCAAUGCGUCCAGGGUAUGGUCUAGGAGCGUGCUACUGGUGAAACUCUCCUGGGGUAUUUCUUCCGCCAUCCAGAACACGAUCGUCUGCAGGACGAAUGACGAGAUCCUAUGAGUGACCGGAAGGAAGUAGGUCCUAGCGAAGCACUGCAGGAUGACGAGGAUUUUGCGCUGCGUGUCGUUGAGGCUCCUCACCAGCAGUUGCUCGGCGCCGAAGAAGCAGAUCCGCCACUCGCGCUGCACGCUGGGAUUGAUCCGGCUGUCCACAACGAGCGUCGCCUCCGAUCGCGUCACGUGCUGGAUGGUUUUGUUCGGAGGCCAGUUUUGGGCCCGCCUCCUCUGUGCCCAUCUUUUCAGAAUGUCCGGGCACAUGCAUCGUAGGCCGUAGUUGACCACUUUCUGUGGUCUGACUGCAAUGCCGAGAAUUUCACUCCGAAGGUAGCGCUCUUUCGAAAGCUUGACGUUCUUUCUGGUUUGAAGUGCACGAAACAGGUUACUUGACACGUAUAUCUUGCCGUUAUCCACGACGAAGCAUGACCUCAAGUCGGAGAGACUCUUGCUACCGAAACUCGCAAGUCGCAGUUCAGUAUACCCCGGAGUACACUUGUCCGUCAGCAUUUCUACCACGGUAUAGUCCGGCGGCAGCGUUAUAAUGCCUUCUUUCUCUGUACAGAUUAUGUUCUUGGGUACCAAUAACGUAUCAAUAUCAGCCGUUCCCAGGAAUACGUCGUUCGCGUUUCGGCUCCCGAUGACAACGUGAACAUAACGUGGGUCGCGGAACAGCGUUGACGUUAAAGACUGUAGGACGUCCUGACGGAACUCGGCCAUUUCCUUACUAUACCCGAGGCUGUCAAGCACUGAUGAGAGGUGCUUUGAAAACACGGGAAGGAAGAGUAUCUCACCUGACAAAUGAAAUGUGUAUGUUAAGUCCAUUUACGAGUUACUUUUAUUGUUGUUAACGAACUUGUGUAUAACUAUGAUUGAGCUUAAGUUUUUAUUUUUAUUUUAUUUUUGGUCGAAUACAAUUCAUUUCUAUGUAACAAAAUAUUCAGAUAUAUACAUUAAUUCAAGACAGAGCCAUACAACCAAUAAAAUAAAUAAAAAAUACAAAGCAUACAAAAUAUCGAUAACAAUGAAUUCAGAAAUUAAGCGACUAACAAUUUAAAAUGAGCUAAACUAACCGGUGAGGCUCAAUCCGGGUAGCUGACUGACGUCACAACCGGUGCCCAUCUGCAUGCGGUUCUUCAUCACCUCCAGCUCCCCGGUCCGUGACCUCGGUGUGACCUUAAGGUACAGCCAUCGCAGAAACUGCUGGAUAGCCGGAACACGGGAUCUUUCCCCGCCGUGGUAACUAGACAAACUUGAAAGGCUCUUCCAGCGUUGCGUUGGCGCGAAGUAUUCCAUGUCAAAUUCAUCGUCAGGUGCGUUGUCGUUCUGCGCUUGCGCUCGCGGGAGAAAAGUUACUGUGUGUUCGUUCAGCGCCGUCGUACUUCCGGACAGGAAGCGAAGUUGCUGCUUCCACGCAGUCGGUCGGUGGUAAGAGCUGUUCAUCGUUCUUGUGGUAUACUGGGGCCAGUUUCAUUAAAUAUCGAUUGUUAUAUUAUAAAUGUUUUUUUCCGACUGCAUGACACUUUCUUGAACACGGAUCUGUGACAAGUAUAGUAUAAUUAGUUCGUUAUGUGGAUUGGAAUUAUGAACAAUUGCACCGAGAAAAUUAAAUAAAUGUCCGCUUAUGUAAAACGUCUUCUAUCCACUGUUUAACAGAUAUCCAAUUUUGUCAUGUGUUUUAUUGCAAUUUAUAUAAAUAAAUAUAUUUGCUAUCUUUU